AUACAUGUAUUAGGACCUCCAGUACCAGGCUGCCCCACUUCAUCAGGAGCAUGGCAGCUGCUUUCAUGGAACUGGGCAUAAUGCCCGAGAUAGGGGAGGCAGUGAGUGAGCUGGACUGGCUGCUGCCCACUGAUGUUCAGGCCGAGGCUGUGCCUCUGAUUCUUGGUGGUGGUGAUGUUCUCAUGGCUGCUGAAACUGGAUCUGGCAAAACUGGUGCAUUCUGCAUGCCAAUCCUUCAGAUUGUCUGGGAGACACUGAAGCGCAUUGAGGAGGGAAAGGGCGGCGGCAGUGGCGGCCUGUCAGCUCCGCCAGCUGAUGACAAGUGGGCGAUGUCGCUGCGGGACCGCGGCGAGCUGCUGGCAGUGUCUCCGGACGGUUUGGUGUGCCAGUGUCGCGAGCAGCGCGCCUGGUACGGAGUGCGGGCGACGCGUGGGCUCCGCCGCGCCGGCCGCUGGUACUACGAGGCCACGGUAACCGACGAGGGUCUGUGUCGCGUCGGCUGGUCCACGCGCCAGGCCACUCUCGACCUGGGCACCGACCGUGGCGGAUACGGCUACGGAGGCACCGGCAAAAAGUCCAACAACCGGCAAUUCGACGACUACGGAGGUCCGUUCGGAAAAGACGACGUGAUCGGUUGCUACCUUGAUCUGGACAACCUCGAGAUGUAUUUCUCCAAGAACGGAAAAGAUCUGGGAAAGGCGUUUGACAUCCCAAAACAGUUGGCAAACGAAGGUUUGUUUCCCGCAGUCGUACUGAAAAACGCAGAGAUGGCGUUUAACUUCGGCGACACCAGUUUCAAGUAUCCACCAAGCCAUGGUUUCGUGGCCGUCAGUAAAGCACCGGAAGACAGCACCUUGAACAACGCUGCUUCGGCGCCGCAGGCAACGGCGAAGCGCGGAUACGCCAAAAAUGCUCCCCAGGCCAUUAUUCUGGAACCAUCUCGUGAGCUUGCCGAACAAACGCUACGGCAGAUCCAGCUGUUCAAGAAGCAUCUGAAAGCUCCGACAGUGCGAGAGGUGCUUCUCAUCGGCGGUGUGCCGGCUCGCGAACAGCGCGACCAGGUGUUAGCGGGGGUCGACAUCGUGGUGGCGACACCGGGCCGAAUCGAGGACUUCAUCAACAACGGCGACGUACGGGUGGACGCGUGCCGGUUCUUCGUGCUGGACGAGGCGGACGGGCUGCUGAAGCAGGGUCACGAGAAGAUGAUCAACCGUCUGCACGCGGCGAUCCCGCAGGUGACGCCGGACGGGGCGCGGCUCCAGAUGGUCGUCUGCUCGGCCACGCUGCACUCGUUCGAGGUGAAAAAGAUGGCCGGCAGACUGAUGCAUUUCCCCACCUGGGUGGACCUGAAGGGCGAGGACGCCGUGCCGGAGACGGUCCACCACGUGCUGACCAUGAUCGACCCGCGCACCAACGCCUCAUGGACCGACCUCAAGCAGCGCGUGCAGACGGACAUGGUGCACGCGAAGGACAACGUCCGGCCCGGCUCCAACUCGCCAGAGACGCUCUCCGAGGCCGUCAAACUGCUCAAGGCAGAAUUUUGUGUCCGCGCCAUCGACGUCCACAAAAUGGAUCGUGCGCUCAUCUUCUGUCGAACCAAGCUAGACUGUGAUAACUUGGAGCGGUACCUGGUUCAGCGCGGCGGCGGACCGCGUAACCCCAGCAACCCCUACUCGUGCGUGUGCCUGCACAGCGACCGCAGCGUCGGCGAGCGAAAGGAUAACCUGGAGCGCUUCAAGCGGCAGGAGGUGCGUUUCCUGAUCUGUACGGACGUGGCGGCCCGCGGUCUGGACAUCACCGGCCUGCCGUUCAUGAUCAACGUCACACUGCCGGACGAGAAGACGAACUACGUGCACCGUAUCGGCCGGGUGGGCCGCGCCGACCGGAUGGGUCUGGCCGUCAGCCUGGUGUCUGCUGUUCCGGAGAAGGUGUGGUACCACGGCUGCCCGUCGCGCGGCAAGUCGUGCAUGGACACCCGUCUGACGGAGCGCGGCGGCUGCUGCAUCUGGUACGACGAGGUGAAGCUGCUCGGAGAGAUCGAGGAACACCUAGGCAUCACCAUCCCUCAGGUGGGCAACGACCUGCGCGUCCCCGUCAACGAGUUCGACGGCAAGGUGGUCUACGGAGAGCGGCGCCAGGAGAGCGGCACUGGAUAUCAGAACCACGUGGAGCAGAUGGCCUCCACGGUCCGCGAGCUGGCCUCGCUGGAGACGCAGGCGCAGACGCUCUUCAUUCGACGCCACCUGCACCGGUUGACGGCCUGA